AUGGGUGGCGUGGGUGAUAGUACUGAAGCUUCCCAAGAGGAAACUACGCAAAAUUCCGGAUACAGACAUAUAAACACUGCAUCAAAAUAUGGCAAUGAAGAGGACAUUGGAAUUAGAAUUAUCAAAAGUGGUAUUCCGCGUGAUCAAAUUUUUAUUACUACAAAAAUCUGGGAUAUGGGUAUGAAAUACAAAAGAAUUUUAGAAAUUGCUCUUGAUCAUUCAUGA